CCUCAUAUUCUGCAUGGUUCUGUCAGUUCAAGACGAUAAUCUCACCGAACAACCGAGCCCUAGAUUAUACCAAAAACGGCGGGCUCCGAACAAUCGAACAUACUCAUUACAACUGAACUCGCGAGCAAUUACCGUCUCGUCAGUGAUUCUCAAGUCAUGUCACUACCCAUCGAACCUCAGACCUGGACCAAAGAUGCGUUCAUUGUAUCAACGGAUAAAACCCUCCUCUCAGUGUCAGCCAUCAACACCGCGUUCGACACUGAUGCCAUGUACUGGACGAAAAGUUACCCUGAGAAAAUCCUAAAACAGAUCAUUGAGGGUUCCUUUUGCUUCGGAUUGUACAAGCCCAAGCCGACUAUCCCUGGCCAGAACGGUGAAAGCAACGGCAUCUCAAGUGAUAGUCCAACACACUCAAAAGAACAUGUAGAUCAGAUCGGAUUUGCCCGGCUUAUCACGGACAAUGUAACAUUCGCGUAUCUAACCGACUUGUACAUCCUCCCGGAAUAUCAGGGUCACGGUCUUGGGGGUUGGCUGAUUGAUUGCGUGGAUGAGGUAUUGCGACCGCUGCCGUACUUGAGGUGGUUUAUGUUGCGGACAUCCGCGGAGAAGAGCAAGCAGUCGUACGAGAAGCGGUUGGAAAUGAGUGUUUUGGAUACGAGCUGCAUCAGUGAGGGGGCAGUCAUGAUGGGGAGGAAGGGGAAGGCGAAUAUGGCUUGACUCUUCCUUAGAAUCGACAAUUAGGGUGGAUUUCUAGGAAGGGUUGAUAGCAUGUUAGCUUGAGAGCGUUCAGGAUGUCAAUGUGUCCCACAGGGGAAACACAACUAAUGCACAUGUGAUGACUUAUGUAGCUCCUAGCGGCAAUGCACGGAAUGGGCUUUGGCGUUCUUGCACAAUUUGCAUCAUAGGGUUCAUAACCAGACGAAAAGAGGAAGUUAUCCUUCCUGCGUUGAGUCAGGGCUCUUUACAAAUCCACUAUGACAACC